UGUAGGAAAGAAAAUGUGCUAAGAAGCAUCACUGCCUUAUUUGGUAAAGGAAGAUGGGAGGAGGUAUCAGUGGGAUCAUCAUCAUAAGAGCUGUGAACUGCUCAUCUCAGGAGACCUAUAAGAGCAGCAGUUUAGGACCAGACACUGAGAGAAGAGAGAGUCAGUAAAGAUGAAGAGAACUGCUGUUCUUACUCUACUGCUGCUGUUCACCAUCAGCAUGCAGGAUGCUGAAACUGCUGAAGCUUCAAAGCCAUCAGAACCCCUUACUGAUCUGAAGCAGCUGAGAGACAUCGUGUAUGAGCAAGGAACCAUGCUGGUGGAGCUGAAGACUGAAAUGAAGUAUGUGAAUCAGGAAAAUGCAGCCCUGAAGACUAAAAUGGCCAAACAGAUGAAACAGAACAAACAAACAGAGAGUAAAGUGGAGCUUUUGAAUAAAGAGAUUUCAGCACAAGCAGCUGAGGGGACUGCUGUGAAGAGCAGGUUAGCAGCCAGUGAAAGUGACGUGAAACGCUUGAAGAAACUGAAUGCAGCAACAAAAACUGCAGUAGAAGCCAGUAAGAGUGAAGUAGUGAAGCUGAAGAAAGAGAGUGCAGCUUUUAACGGCAGACUGGCUACAAGUGAAAGUGAUGUGGACAAUCUGAAGAAAGACAUCAUAGAGAGACCAAAGGUGGCAUUCUCAGCUGCCCUGUCUGCAAGUUUGGGACCUGCGAGUGGCAUCGUAAACGUAGUUUACUCUAAAGUCAUCACAAACAUUGGAGGAGCUUAUAACCCAAACACAGGAAUAUUUACAGCUCCAGUCAGAGGAGUCUACUAUAUCAGGUUCACUACCUGUUCACAAAAUAGUGGCUAUAAUUCAGGUGUACAACUGUACAAGAACAGUGAGAAGCUGCUCUACCUCUAUGAAUACAAUUACAAUGGAUAUCAAAGAUACAUAAGUGGUGGUAUUACCCUGCAGCUGGAGGUUGGAGAUGCUGUUCACACACGCUUACCUGAUACGUUGAUGCUCUAUGAAACUGAUACCAAUCGUAACACUUUUAGUGGCUUCCUAAUCUUUACCAUGUGAGUUUUUCAGAUUGUAAUCUGGUGUGGUGGCCAUUUUAAUAUUGAGGUUACAUUUUGCGAUUUAUUUAAAAAAAUGUUUUUUGCUUCUAGAUUAAAAAAAGACAAAAUAUUGUCACAAUGUAUUAGCUGAUCCUGUUGCAUUAUAAAUAAAGUGUCAUUAUUCUAAAUA